AUCACAUUGAAUAAUUAUUAAAACUGUGAUCAUUUCAAAUGUUUCAGAUAUAGUUUUCAUUUAGUGAUUGUACAGGAAAAAUAGCGGCGUAAUUGAUUGUGCCAUUAUGCAAUGUUGCAGAAAGAAUAAUAUUGAAGUUGAUCGCCAAUUAAGCAAAUAUUUGCAAGAAUACACCAAUUGAAUAUCAUUCAAAAUGAGUGCAAUCAUGCGCUUAGGGUUAUCCAUCCCAGCGAGACUAUAUCGCCGUAUGUCAUCUAGCAAUGUUACUUCAGUACAAUUGAGUGAUAAUUGCAUCACACGUUUGAAGGAAGUCUGUAAAAAUAAUUCCUUCCUCAGGAUUUCUGUGGAAGGCGGCGGAUGUUCCGGAUUUCAAUACAAAUUUUCCGUAGAGCAACAGCAAAGCGAGGACGAUAUUAUCGUAGGUCAUGAUGGUGUAAAAGUGGCAAUCGAUAGCGCUUCGAUCGAGUAUCUCAGCGGUGCCACUAUAGAUUACCACACAGAAUUGAUACGCUCCGGGUUUCGUGUGAUCAAUAAUCCCAAGGCAGAUCAAGGUUGCUCUUGUGGUGCCUCCUUUACGGUAAAGCUAGAUUGA